AUGACUGCAGUCGUAACUUUGCUCCGCGAACUUAAGGCACACCCGGACAAUGUGUACAUCUUUGCGGAGUUCCCGUUCAUACCUAGCAGGCUGCCCGUCUCGCCUUCGAUGGACGAGACACUCGACAUAGCGAGGGAGUGGCAUAUGCCCGUGUGCUUGCUGUUCAACGCGUCGGGAACGGUGCGCCGACCACUGGUGGUACUGAGGACUGGUGUGCGCGAUUUACAUGUUUUCUGGCAGCUGUUUACGGAGCACAUGGUGAAGUUCGACGGGGACAUUUACGCGUUCGAUGAGCGGGCGGUCGUCCUUGUUUACGACCCGAAGCAUGUGCUGACGGGGUGUGUGUGGAAGCCAGAGAACGUAGCUGGAUUUGUCGCGCAGAACCUGACAAGCAUUAAGGUGGUGCAGCUGUGUGGAGACACACCACGGUGCAGCAUCCCUGCUCUGACCGGAGUGGUGGACACGGUGAAGGCGGUGCACAGCUACUGGUUUAUGAAGGAAGCGUUGGAUAGCGAGGACUGGCGGAAGAAGGGGGUUAUCCCGCGCCCUCCGUUGUACGACAUUCUGAGCACACUGGACCUCGCGUGCAAGAUUACGUCGAACUCGGCGGUACAGCGGAGCUGGUGGCGUGCGGGGUGUGUCCCCAAAGAGUCGGUGCCUUACAUGAAACGGCUGGAUGGUGCUGGGGCGGCAUGCAUGUUCGAGCCUAUUAUUUCGGAGCUUACAAUGCUGCAGAUGGUGAUUGAGAACUUCAAGAAAGCCCCUGGUGUGUACAUGACAGCGUGUGAUUUCGCGGGGUGCGAUGAGGAUCUCCUGACGAGGUGGGGGCAGUUAAUCGUGGACGAUGCCGCGUGCGAGGAGGAGGUACCAGCGUACUUUUGUAUUCCGGAGGGGCCACUUUUGCGUGACGUUCGCAGCCGUCGCCGCGUUGUGCGCAUGGUGGCGGGGGAGUAUACUAAGCACGCCGGUCACAUUGGUAUUCCGGUGCGCGAAGUGCCGGAGGAGGUGGGCGCGUACAACGAAGAGGUGGUGAGCCGUCGGCGCCGUACACCUAUCAAGCGUAGCCGGGUAUGCGGUGUACACGCAGAGUCUACCUGCGAUUCGGCCGGACGGAUUGAGCAGACUGGUGACCCGGCUGCUGGGCAGCCGGGCAGCGAGGUUGAUAAUGGUGGUAGCGAGACUUCUGAGUAG